AUGACAGAUAAGGAACAAUCAUUCGAUAUAACAAAGACUUAUCUUAGGUUCUUGGAAGAAGAUUCCGAUUUAACCAUGCCGAUUGCGGCUAUUGAAUCCUUGGUUACCAUGUUAAGAGUUAAGCAACCAUCCACAUCAUCAGAAUUGAUCAAGUUGGUCAAAUCAAACAUAGAUACAUUAAAGACAUCCAUUCCUAAUGCCAUUUCACUUUCUGCUGGUUGUGAUUUAUUCAUGAGAUUUGUGUUAAGAAAUACCAAUUUAUAUUCUGAUUGGGAAUCAUGUAAGAAGAAUUUAGUUGAAAAUGGUGAAUUAUUCGUACAAAGAGCCAAAGCAUCAAGAGAAAGACUGGCUGAAUUUGGGGUCCAUUCAUUUUCUCGUGUGGUAUAUCAUUUAUUAUUAAAGGCUAGAACUGAAAAAUUAAUUCGUUUCAGAGUGAUAGUCACCGAAUCAAGACCAACUGAAAAAGGUUAUCAUAUGGCUAAAUUAUUACGAGAAGCAGAUAUUCCAGUGGAAGUGAUUGUUGAUAAUGCUGUUGGUUACGUUAUUCAUAAAGUUGAUAAGAUAUUGGUUGGUGCUGAAGGUGUGGCUGAAAGUGGUGGUAUAAUAAAUCAUAUAGGGUCUUAUCAAAUUGGUUGUUUAGCCAAAACUAAUAAUAAACCAUUUUACGUUGUUACCGAAUCACAUAAAUUCGUUAGACUUUUCCCAUUGGCUCCAAAUGAUUUACCUGAUGAUAUUGCUAAAAUAAUUGAAAAGAGUAAUAGUCAAGAACAAGAUAGAGAUCUUUUAAAAACUCAUUUAAUUGAUUUCACACCUCAUGAAUAUAUCACUGCAUUGAUUACUGAUUUAGGAGUUUUAACUCCAUCAGCAGUCUCAGAAGAAUUAAUUAAAGUUUGGUACGAUUAA